GAUUGGUAGCCGUAUUAUCGCGUGCAUAUAAAUUCCAGCGCAAAGGGGGAACUGGAUAGUUCGAGCGUAGCUGCGGUCCGAGACGGCCGACUUGUUCUUCUCUCUGUGGAGGGAAUUAUUUGAUAUUUAAUCAUAGAACAUCAGCAACAUGUUCAUUCGCGGAAACAUUCUUGUCUAUGCGCUGUUUUGCAUAUCGGCCCUGACAGCGAAAUUCGUCUUAAAAAGUCCGGCUUUCACCAGGGAGUCAUCCGUAGUAACCUACAAUCCCGCAGUUCUAAGGCUCAAUAGCCACCUCGUGACUGUGACAAUAAGUAAUUCUACUAUCAAUGUAACCUCCACCGAUACCUCGUUCAAACCCUGUCAAAUCGCCAUCAACCCCGAAGACGACCAUGUAAAUACCAGAAUACAAGCUCGAGCAUUGGGUAAUGGAAAGAUCAUCGUCUGGGGUUACAAUGUACCUGCCGAAGUCCCGAAAGCUCACAAGGUGGUUAGUUACGUUAUAUUCAUGGUUGACCCACAGAGCUGCACCGCACAGCGUGUAGCCAGAGUUCAGGAUAAUAUACCCAACAGCUGGUCAGGAUACGAAGGAUACGUGGUCCCAUAUCAAGACACCUUCGACGUUUUCUUUAGGACACAGAAAACGUGCUCGCCUUGCCGUUUUAACGUCAGAGGAGAGAAGAUCGAAGUACCUCAUCAGCUGAAGGCUGAGUCGGAUGAGGACAGAAACUUAUUCAUAGACACGGUAAAAGAAAAUGAUCCCUCACAGGGUUAUUUCUACUCUUACCAAUACAAAAACCUGACGGGAAGCAUGAAUGAGUUGACGGAAAAAUUCGAACCAGUGGGAAUAUGGGAAGGACUGAUAGGCCACCGAGUAGAAUCAUUCUCCACUGCAAAGGGAUACAGAACCGCCUGUCUGGUCGAUGACCCGCCGUUAACCAUCUACGGAGGCAUCUACUACAGAGCUCCGUUCUGCAGCGUAUUCAACACGAAAGAAAAGAAGCUAGUGGCCUCCUCCUUGAUGAACCAUCCGGACAACGACUACCUUACGCGUACAAUGACCACAACAUUUAAGAGUGGUAAUGCAAUAGUAGCUUUGGCUCAAAUAUACCCGGCACCGAAACCUGUUGAGAUCGAAAUACAAGUACUCAAACCAGCUGCUCCGGGUCGUACGGAAUUGGACAGACUGCUGCACGACGAUGAAGUCAGUGAACCUAUCAAGUUUCAAGAGAUCUCUGGUAACUAUCCCUUCGAAAUGUAUGGAAUUUUAUUAGAACAGGAGUAUUGUCUCGUUACGAGCGAGACGAAGAAAGAAGGAGAAGAGUAUAAUAAGCCGGAGGUGAAACUUACUGUCAAGUGUAUGGCAUCACAUUUAUAAAUUCCAAGAAAUGAAUAAAAACAUGACCACGAGUCAUAUGCAUUAAAAUGUCAGAAUGUUAAGCAUUGUAUAAAGUGCGAGUUACAAUUUCGUUAUUCACAUUGACGGAUUGAACCAAAUUUGUAUCUUAGAAUUUUUUUUCAACUACAAAAUAUCUGUAUGUAAAAGCACGAAGUCGACCAGUUUUUACCAGCACAGAUUUUUCAACUUAUUUGUAUGAAUUCUUUACUACUAACCGAUGAGUCUCUUAGUUUUAUGUUUUUCGGGAUUUACCACCACCUCUUAUCCAACUUUAACAACAAUCUUUAUCACUACAAAAUUAUAUUAAUGAAAAUAAUAUUGGAAUAUCCAAUGGUAACGCAGUAGCUUGAGUUGUCAAUAUAAUAGGGCAUCAGUGAAGCUCCGAUCAUCAGUGAAUUCGGAUCUUUAUUGUGAGUAGGAGCUUCGUUGUAAGUAAUUGUUUUUAGUACUCAGUAUAUUUGUACUCGACGAUUUUUGAUUUGAGAAUAUUGUAGUAAAAAGAUAACAUCAAAAUAAAAUUAAAAAAUUUCUUAUUCCACAAA